GUUGUAGUAGUGGGGCAUGGCCCACUCGGGAGCCCCCCAAGACCCUCGCGCCCAGCCCCAGCCCCGGCCUGGGUGGGGUGUCUCAGCAAUUGGACCGCAUGGGGUGGGCUCGGGGACUCCCACCGGCCCCAGGCUCCGUCGCGUGACCGACCCUCUCAUUCCCAAAGCCCCCAGCACAGGCCGGGAUGUUCGUGCUGGUGGAGAUGGUGGACACUGUGCGAAUCCCCCCGUGGCAGUUUGAGAGGAAACUCAACGACUCCAUCGCCGAGGAGCUGAACAAGAAGUUGGCCAACAAGGUCGUGUACAACGUGGGACUCUGUAUCUGUCUGUUUGACAUCACCAAACUGGAGGAUGCGUAUGUGUUCCCAGGGGAUGGUGCCUCACACACCAAAGUCCAUUUCCGCUACGUGGUGUUCCACCCGUUCCUGGAUGAGGUUCUGAUUGGGAAGAUCAAAGGCUGCAGCCCUGAAGGGGUACAUGUCUCUCUCGGGUUCUUUGAUGACAUUCUCAUUCCUCCGGAGUCACUGCAGCAGCCAGCCAAGUUCGACGAGGCAGAGCAGGUGUGGGUGUGGGAAUAUGAGACAGAGGAAGGCGCACACGACCUGUAUAUGGACACCAGCGAGGAGAUCCGCUUCCGGGUGGUGGAUGAGAGCUUUGUGGACACGUCUCCCACCGGGCCCAGCGCAGCUGAGGCCACCUCGUCCAGCGAGGAGCUGCCCAGGAAGGAGGCGCCAUACACGCUUGUGGGGUCCAUUAGCGAGCCAGGACUGGGCCUUCUCUCCUGGUGGACCAGCAACUAGCCCUGGAGCUGACCACGGACCCU